CUGAUGAAGAGGAAGAACUUCCUCUACAAUUUCAAGAAUAUGCGCUGGGCUAAGGGCCGCCGUGAGACUUACCUCUGCUAUGUUGUGAAGCGCCGUAACAGUGCCACUUCUUGCUCCCUAGACUUUGGAUACCUGCGUAAUCAGAUGGGUUGCCAUGUGGAGGUGCUCUUCCUGCGCUACAUCUCAGCCUGGGACCUGGACCCAGGCCGUUGCUACCGUAUCACAUGGUUCACCUCAUGGAGCCCAUGUUAUGACUGUGCCCGACAUGUGGCUGACUUCUUGCGGGCUUAUCCAAACCUGAGCCUCCGCAUCUUCACUGCUCGCCUCUACUUCUGUGAGGAUCGCAAGGCAGAGCCUGAGGGGCUGAGGCGCCUGCACAGGGCUGGAGCCCAAAUUGCCAUCAUGACUUUCAAAGAUUACUUCUACUGCUGGAACACAUUUGUGGAGAACAGAGAAAAGACCUUCAAAGCCUGGGAGGGGCUGCAUGAAAACUCUGUCCGUCUGUCCAGACAACUCCGACGUAUUCUCUUGCCACUCUAUGAAGUAGACGAUUUACGAGAUGCCUUUAAGACCCUGGGACUUUGAAGCAAAAGCCGUCAACAAUCAAAAGACUACAUAAACA